UUUUCUUGUUUUACAAAAGGCCAAGAAGAAGAUGUACGUAGUAGUCAACAUCCUCCCGAAAAGAUCAAAUCGGUAUUUAAGAAAGUGAAGGACAAGGCUAAGAAGAUUAAGAAUACACUAACAAAACAUGGCCAUGAUCAUGACAGUAGUCAUGACGAGGAAGAAGAAGACUAUGAUGAUGAUGAUGAUCAUGGCGAUGUUGAAAUAUCACACCAGAUGGCCAAACAGAGUGAUCAUCCCCCUGCUGAAAGUGAAAAGAAUCAAGAUGGCGAAAUCAGCGGAUCGAAGAUAUUAAGGAGGGAAUCAGUGGUUAAAGAUGAUCCAAUGAAUUUGGAUGAAGAUUCUAACUACCCAAAAUCAAAUCUUUUGCCAUCCAAUGACUCCACUCGAAUGGGUAAACUUUUUGAUCUUUGUGCAGGAGUUACAUCAAUUGAUCAUUCAUUCAACAGAAUGAAUAUCCAUGGUGGAGACAAGGUUAAGGAAGAACAUAAACCAAACAUGAAAACCCCAGAUCUAUUGACUGAUCGAAAACAAAAAACAGGAACUCAUGUGCAAUUCUCCCCGGAACUGUCACCAAAACCGGAUGAUCCAACCACGGCUACCGCCGCUGAUUCCGCCCCAAGUUAUUACCUUGACAAGUUAUCAUCGGCCGCAUCUACUUUUUCCGAUAAAGCUAUAGCAGCGAAGGAUGCAGUAGCUUCCAAGUUGGGAUACGGCGGUGGCGGUGGUGAGGGAAGAGAAUCUGGGCAAAAACUUACAGUUUUGAUGUCGGAAAAGCUGAGUCCAGGGGAGGAAGACAAGGCAUUGUCGGAAACUAUAUCCGAUGCACUAGAGUGGCGUAAGGCAGAGCCAGAGAAGAAGGAAGGAGAAAAGGUAAUGGGGAAGGUGACUGUGUCGGAUGAGGUGGCGAAUCGGUUGGGUUCUUGUGAUGAUUACAAAAACCCUAGCGGUGAUGGCAAGAAGAAAGGGAAGCUUCCCGAAGUUUCGGAUACCAUGGUUGAGAGGAUUAAGGGAACGGUUGGUUCUUGGUUAGGAAUCCGGUCAGGUGCCUCUGGUCAGUCGGAAGCAGCACUUGGCACUACUACUAUUACUACUGCCGGCGGUGGUGGAGGUGGCAAUGUUGAAGGGAAGAGGCAAGGAGAGUGAGGAAUGUGAGUGAUUGUGAAGCAGUUAAUUUCAAUAAUGUGUUGUUUUUGUUGU